AUGGGCCCAGGGGCGCGGCUGGCGGCGCUGCUGGUGCUGCUGGCGCUCGGGGCCGGAGACCCCGCGGCGGCUGCGGGGCGGGAGGACACUUUCUCCGCUCUGACCAGCGUGGCGCGCGCCCUGGCGCCCGAGCGUCAGCUGCUGGGGACACUGAGGCGCUACCUGCGUGGCGAGGAGGCGCGGCUGCGCGACCUGACCAGAUUCUAUGACAAGGUACUUUCUUUGCACGAGGACUUGAAGAUCCCUGUAGUGAAUCCCCUACUUGCCUUCACUCUCAUCAAACGCCUGCAGUCUGACUGGAGGAACGUGGUACACAGUCUGGAAGCCACUGAGAACAUCCGAGCUCUGCAGGAUGGUUAUGAGAAGGUGGAACAAGACCUUCCUGCCUUUGAGGACCUCGAGGGAGCAGCAAGGGCCCUGAUGCGACUGCAGGACGUGUACAUGCUCAACGUGAAGGGCUUGGCCCAGGGCGUCUUCCAGAGGGUCACGGGCUCCUCCAUCACUGACCUGUACAGUCCCAGGCAGCUCUUCUCUCUCACAGCGGAUGACUGCUUCCAAGUUGGCAAGGUGGCCUAUGACACGGGGGAUUACUACCAUGCCAUUCCAUGGCUGGAGGAAGCUGUCAGUCUCUUCCGAAGAUCUUACGGAGAGUGGAAGACAGAGGAUGAGGCCAGUCUGGAAGACGCCCUGGAUUAUUUGGCCUUUGCCUGUUACCAGGUAGGAAAUGUUUCAUGUGCCCUCAGCCUCUCUCGAGAGUUCCUUGUCUACAGCCCAGACAAUAAGAGGAUGGCCAGGAAUGUGUUGAAAUACGAAAGGCUCUUGGCUGAGAAUAGUCACCAGACGGCGGCUGAGACUGCAAUUCAGAGGCCCAACGUACCCCACCUCCAGACCAGGGACACCUACGAGGGGCUAUGCCAGACCCUGGGCUCCCAGCCAACACAUUACCAAAUCCCCAGCCUCUACUGCUCCUAUGAGACCAAUUCCAGCCCCUACCUACUGCUCCAGCCCGCACGCAAGGAGGUCAUCCACCUGCGGCCCCUCGUGGCUCUCUACCAUGAUUUCGUCAGUGAUGAGGAAGCCCAGAAAAUCCGAGAGCUCGCAGAACCAUGGCUCCAGAGAUCAGUGGUGGCUUCAGGGGAAAAGCAGUUACAAGUGGAGUACCGCAUCAGCAAAAGUGCCUGGCUAAAGGACACGGUUGACCCAGUGCUGGUGACCCUUGACCGCCGCAUUGCUGCCCUCACAGGCCUCGACAUCCAGCCUCCGUACGCAGAGUAUCUCCAGGUGGUGAACUAUGGGAUUGGAGGGCACUAUGAGCCUCACUUCGACCAUGCUACGUCGCCCAGCAGCCCCCUGUACAGGAUGAAGUCCGGGAACCGAGUGGCAACGCUUAUGAUCUAUCUGAGCUCCGUAGAAGCUGGAGGAGCCACGGCCUUUAUCUAUGGCAACUUCAGUGUGCCUGUGGUUAAGAAUGCUGCACUGUUUUGGUGGAACCUGCACAGGAGCGGAGAGGGGGAUGAUGACACACUUCACGCUGGCUGCCCUGUGCUGGUGGGAGACAAGUGGGUGGCCAACAAGUGGAUACACGAGUAUGGACAGGAAUUCCGAAGACCCUGCAGCACCAAUCCUGAAGACUGAAACACUGGCAGAUGGCAGCUUGUCACCGAAGCCAGCCAGGAGUCAAAGCCAAGGGCAGAGGGGAGCAGAUCCUCCUGAAGGAAGGCCUCCAGCAAGGCUAGGUCUUCAGCAGGAACCAUCCCUCCACCCCUAAUUUGCAUCUGUUUCUACUCUAGCUGUGAGACUUAGAGGGCAACACAAAAGAGGCCUAAGAGGCUUCGAGGGCUCAGAUAUCCUUGGGAGGGAAAGAAAUGAACUCAGCGUAGAAACUGAUUGUUUAGAAUGUGCAAAUGCCUGAUUCAGUUCACCUACACUGAACACACACCACACACAUACACAUGACCCUACACCCACAUGACCCUCACACACAGACAUGCCCACACACACACACGCACGCACGCACGCACGCACGCACGCACGCACGCACGCACGCACUCUCUGCAAACAAUAUAUGGGCUGGCUUCUACUCCUGCUCCAGGAGGAGAGUCUAACCCAGAGGUCUUCAUUCCCAUCACCAGUGGGAAUGUAUAUCAUGUGAUGACUUUUUUUAAAAGUGGAAAACAAUUUUUUUUGUGAUUUUUUAAAUUGUCAUUAAAAUGUUUUAAAAUUA